AUGGCCAAUACUUUCCUGGAAGUAGAAACCGGAUUCCCAACGUCACCGUCCUCCGCCACCGAUCCUCGUCUUCCUUCACGGUGGUGGACACAAUCACAAUACUUAUUAUUUAAUGGUAAGGAACUCACUGAAGAAGAGCGUUCUGCUACUUUUAAACUAUUUGUGCUCGGCGCCGUCACCACAUUGGCCGUCUUCAUCACCGUCAGCUUCUACACCGACAUACUUAGUUGCCAAGCCAGCUUCUCCGUCGAAUCAAUUUUCGUGUCUCCCUCUUCCGCCGUGUGGCACAUCGAUUUACUCGUGAAAAACCCGGGAUCGACGUGUCCUAUCUACUACAACGGCGAUGACGUGUACGCCAAGCUUGGUUCUAUAAAUGCCGCCGUUUUGAAGACCUCUCACACGCGUCGUUCCGGUGGCUACACGAGUUUCUCGGUUGACUUAGCUACGGGGAGUAAUCAAAGCGACGUCGUUGCAGCUUCUCCUAGGGCUUUUGAACUGGACCUCAAAAUCAGUGCUAAGAAGAAGCGGUUUAUCUUAGCGAGCUCGACGUGUCCUAUCUCCUACGACAGCGAUGACGUGUACGCCAAGCUUGGUUCUAUAAACGCCGCCGUUUUGAAGACCUCUCACACGCGUCGUUCCGGUGGCUAUACGAGUUUCUCGGUUGAUUUAGCUACGGGGAGUAAUCAAAGCGACGUCGUCACAGCUUCUCCUAGGGCUUUUGAACUGGACAUCAAACUUGGUGCUAAGAAGAAGCGGUUUAUCUUAGGUUAUCAAAGUGGACAUUUCGACGUCAGAUGUCAGAAUUUGAUAAUUGGUCAUGAGAAGAUUAAAUGCCAUUCGUCUUUCGAAGAAAUGAAGCUAUGUUGCUAUGAAAAUGAAGAAUGA